AAAAAAACAACAAAAGUAAAUGAAAAACGAAAAAAUAAGAGUAAACAACUCCUCUACAACAAAACUUCAUCUCCUAGAGGGAAUCUAGGGUUCUAGAUUCAUCUCUUCGUUCCCCUGGGAUUUUGUUUUUUCUUCUUCUUCCCAUGGAUCUCGAGCUUUUCCGAUCUUCCUAGAAAAGCUCCUAUUUUCGUACAUUUCGAGUAACGGAAACGGAAACGAGAGAAAAGAAAAACAAAAUCAAGCUCAAAGUCUAGAUUUCAUGGCGAAAACUCGACCUGGUGUCGCUUCUUCGAAGAGCACGCCGGGAAAGAAAGAAAUCGAAUCGUAUACUAUCAGAGGCACCAACAAAGUUGUUCAAGCGGGAGAUUGUGUGUUGAUGCGUCCAUCGGAUGCUGGUAAGCCUCCUUAUGUGGCGCGUGUUGAGAAGAUUGAAGCUGAUGCGAGGAACAAUGUGAAGGUUCAUUGUCGAUGGUAUUACCGUCCUGAAGAGUCACUUGGGGGAAGGAGACAGUUCCACGGAGUUAAAGAGCUGUUUAUGUCUGAUCACUACGAUGUUCAAAGUGCACACACCAUUGAAGGAAAAUGCAUCGUACACACCUUUAAAAAUUAUACGAGGCUUGAAAACGUUGGAGCUGAGGAUUAUUAUUGUAGAUUCGAGUAUAAGGCUGCUACUGGUGCAUUUACCCCUGAUCGAGUUGCUGUGUACUGCAAAUGUGAAAUGCCGUAUAACCCUGAUGAUCUGAUGGUGCAAUGCGAAGGGUGCAAGGACUGGUAUCACCCAGCGUGUGUAGGCAUGACGAUUGAAGAAGCGACGAAGCUGGAACACUUUGCAUGUACUGAGUGCAGCUCUGAUGAAGAUGUCAAAAGAUCUCAGAACGGGUUUGCUUCAUCGCCAACCAAUGAUCUUAAGGUGGAAGCAAAACGCAGAAAAAGAUGAUCACGGGGGAGACUUGAGAGCUUCUUAUGGUGGAUGAUAAGUUAACUUGAAGCACUUUACGUGCAGAUUUUAGUUAAUUAGAGUUUUUUCUUGGCCUCGUUUGAUUUUGAUGUAUGAGAUGUGAAAAAUGAGAGAGAAGAAGAACCAGAGAAGGUGCCAAAGAGCUGUAUAGCCGUACGUUAAAUUGUUUCACUGUGGCCUUGCUUGUUUCUGAGAGAAAGAGAGAGAGAGAUUCAAAACAUGAACAGACAAUUCAGGAAGUACAAACAUUAGAUCCCUUAACUCAUUUGAGUUGGAAAAUUUGUCUUGCUAACCGGGUUGGCUUAUACCGGUUUUCAUUUGUAUAAGCUUGACCGGAUUAAAUGGCUAAAAUGCCAUAAAUUGAAAAAAGUUAA